AUGUUCUCUCAAAAGGUUGCCCAGCAGUCGCUGCGACGGCUUGCCGUCCAGCAGCCGUUCGCUAUGCAGUCCUCCUUGAUGCGCGCCUCCCCCGCCGCUGUUGCUCUCGGCCAGAACAUCCAGACGAGACAAGUCACCUCGUCUCCCAACACCGAGGACCCUACCCAGAUCCUCGUUAAGCAGCGUCUCCAGCGGCCCAUCGCUCCCCACCUCACCAUCUACAAGCCCCAGAUUGGCUGGAUCGGCUCUUCUCUGCACCGUAUCUCUGGUGUCGCCCUCUCCGGCACCCUCUACCUCUGGGCCACCGCUUACCUCGUCUCCCCCACCUUCGGAUGGCACCUCGAGUCGGCCACCAUGGCCGCUUCCAUGGGCGCCAUGCCCGUCCUGGCCAAGGUCCUCCUCAAGAGCACCCUUGCCCUUCCCUUCACCUACCACUGCAUGAACGGUAUCCGCCACUUGAUGUGGGAUCUUGGCCGUGGUCUUACCAACCCCGUUAUUAUCAAGACUGGCUGGACUGUCGUUGGCCUCAGCAUUGCCAGCGCUGUUGGUCUUGCUUUGCUUUAA